AUGACUAGGGACAAGUCGAGCAGUCGCCUGUGGGAUCCCGCGUCAGGGAUCCGAUUCUCGCCCAGCCCGGUAUCAACGCCGCCGCUAUACCCUCGCCUGGAUGUGGCACGCUUUUCCCAUGCUGUCAGCGCGGGGCGCAGCGUCGAUGUGCUAGAGGAAGAGGCCGAGGCUGGAAACGUCCAGGAAAAUGGGCAGCCGCGUGAGGAUGAGGGGCGAGACGAGGGCGGCCAAGUAUAUGCCGGCCCGUCGGAAGUCCUCGCGGAAGCUCUCUAUACCCCUCAAGCAACAUCAACGAGCGAUGGCAAAGGCGGCACCAAGUCCAUCGCCACGGCUGCCGACAGAGCACCCACGACCAAUGGCGAGCCCGGCAGAGCCCAGGACGCCGUCGACCCGCCGCACACGUCGCUGAGCUUCAACAUGUCGAGAGACCUCUUCCGCGCCGCCCGCGCCGCCGCCCCCGGCUCCGCGCAGUCGUACUGGUCGCACACGCUCUACCGGCGCGUCACGCCGUCGGGCGGCGUCGAAAAGGUCCGCGUCCACUACUGCACCAGCAGGCACACCAUGGAGCACGUCUGCCGCAAGUACUUCCUCGGGGAGCCCGUCCUGGGGCUCGACCUCGAGUGGCUCCCCUACGCAAGCCGCGCCGCCGGCCCUCGCGAGAACGUCUCCCUCAUCCAGGUCGCGAGCCCCGGCCGCAUCGGGCUCUUCCACGUGGCCAUGUUCUCCGACGCGGGCUCUGCGGCAGAAAGGCGCCGGGCGUUGUCGUCCAAGGGAACAGCCUCCUCGUCCGCUUCCACCUCCCGCAAGGCGUCCGACGACCUCGUCGCGCCCACGUUUCGCAGCAUCAUGGAGGACCCCGCCGUCAGCAAGGUCGGCGUGCACGUCCAGGGCGACUGCACCCGGCUCAGCAACUACCUCGGCGUCCGGCCGCGCGGCGUCUUCGAGCUCAGCCACCUGUAUAAGCAGGUCAAGUACUCGGCCGCGCGCACGCCGCGCCUCAUCAACAAGAUACCCGUGGCGCUGUCCACCCAGGUCGAGGAGUGUCUGCGCCUGCCGCUGUACAAGGGCGACUCGGUCCGGUCGAGCAACUGGAUGCGACCCCUGAAUUCCGAGCAGCUGCUGUAUUCUGCAUCUGAUGCCUAUGCCGGCAUCCAGCUAUAUUACGUCCUAGAGGGGAGGCGCAUGGAGCUCGACCCCUGCCCACCGAGGCCUCACCACGCCGAGCUCGGCCUCCCGAUCCCCUAUGUAGAGUCAGAGCCGGAAAGCGACGACUCUAGCCAGGAGUAUUCCACCAGUGACGACGCCGCUGCAGUCGCCCCAUCUACUUCCAAACCCGCAACGGCAACGCCCAAGCGCAGGCCGCCCAAGGCAGCUAAAUCCCCCUCUCCAGCCCCCAAGCCUCGCGACGCGCGCAUCGCCGCCGCCGAGCUCCGCAGCCGCGAGUAUCGCUCCUCCAAGCAGACGCCCGUGUCGGCGACGCCGGCAGCGCUGCGCGCCUACUACCUGUGGCACACCAACGACGGGUUGCGGCCGGAACCCAUCGCCGGACUCCUGCGCGACCCGCCGCUCAAGGUCAACACCGUUGUCUCGUACAUACUGGACGCCAUCACGUCGGAGAGGCUCCCCUACGACAAGGCGAGACUUGGAGGUGAGAUAUUGCCCCUGCUGGACGCGAAGCUGGUGGGUGGGCGGUAUCGCUACCUCGCGAGGGCGUGCGCCGCAGACGAAUCACGGGGCGCGGCAUCGUGA